GAAAAGAGGAGCUCACUAACCUAAUCUAAUCUGAUCCGAGCUCAGUGAUGGAAGACAGACUGAUUCGAUUCGUGUUGUUUUCAGGCUUUCUCUCGGUCCUUCUGUGCAGCUCGCAUGAUUAUGUUUGGGUCAGAGACAGGAAAACUUGGAAAGAGGCUCAGGAUUUCUGUCAAAAGCACUACCUUGAUUUAGCCACUGCCCGGACUGAUGAAGAGUGGAGUGAAAUCGACAAGUUAAGAGCUAAAAAUGGAUCUAAGACUUGGAUCAGGCUCUAUGACGAUGUGAACGGCUGGCGCUGGUCUUUUCGAAACGAAUGCCCUUCAUUCACCAGAUGGCAUAAGAAACAGCCGGAUAAUUACGGAGGAAACCAAGACUGUGUGAUGCUUCACUCGAAUGGAUACUGGCAUGAUGAGAACUGCAAUCGUAAAUGUGCCAUUAUUUGUCAAAGCGAUCAAAGGCCAGUACUAGUUUCAGAUCCAGCGAUGUCCUGGACACAAGGCCAGAGACUCUGUAGAGAAAACUACACAGACUUACACACGGUGAAGAACGAGAGAGAGAAUCAGCUGCUGCAGAUGAUGGUCCGGGAUGACGGCUGUGUCUGGAUCGGUCUGUACAGACACCCUGACCGGUCCUACACAAACCAGACCGAGAAACAAACCGAUCAAGAAGAAUGUCCAGCUGUGGAUGAGGACGGUCGGGUUACUGAGGAGCUCUGCUCGGAGAAGCUUUUCUUUGUUUGCCAAACGCCACUAAGUGUAAGGCGUCAGGUUUUGAGACUGAAGGUGAAAGCGGGUGAUAAUGUCUCUGAUAAAGUGACUGCAGACGCCGUCUUGAAGGAGGUCCAGAAGAAACUCCAGGAGCAGGGACUAGCAGCAGACGUCAAGUUCUCGUGGCAGGAGCAGCUCAACGGAACGGUCUUCCACAAAUUAAACAAGCAGCGUUAUAGAUCGAGGUGUUGACGCUGCUUAUUAACACCCGCUUUAGUUAAAACAGAAGGACUUUAUUGCAGCUUGGCAAACACUGUUGUUGAUUUUCUCCUAAAACAUGUGUGAGAAACUUUAAGUUAGCAUGUUUUUCAUCUUUUACCCCCGGUUCCACAGACAAGGCUUAAACCUAAUCCUAGACUAAAUGUGAAUCUGAUUCAUCUUAAAAAA